AUGCUUCCAUCGUUGCUGGAGGAGCAUGCCAAGUUGGACCGCAUCUAUGGACAUGGUAUUUGGCCUGGCGUGGUCGGGUUGGACGUUGGAAUCCACCAGCUCCAGUCUCUCUCACACCACCACAGCCAGCUCGCCCUGCACCUAUCUCUAUAA